UCGAGCAUAUUGUUAUAAAAUUUUUAUUGUAAUUCAAUAUUGUAUUAAUUUGAACAAAUGAUAUUUAAAUAUUACCAUAUGGUGUGAUAUAUUUUAUCUUACAUUUUUUUAUGAUUACAUUUUAUCUAUUUAAAAAAAAAAAUAUUUGUAUCAGUAAACUAUCGUUGCGCAUGAUAAUAUCUAUGUUUUCGAGGAGAAAAAAAAUAAUUUUUCGAUAAAACCACUCGGUUUAUGUAUAAAAAUAUCUCUUCUUCCGUGAUGAGAUAUGUGCAAACAAUCAAAUUAAAUGAUCAUCACUGAGAUAAUUGUUGAUCAACUUAUAACAAUUCACUCAUUUUUUAAUAAAAAAGAAAACUGUUAGUUACUUAUUACUUUUGGACUGCAAUAAAUAAGUGGACAAAAUGAGCGGAAUAAUACCAGAAAUGGAGCAAAUAAUAAGCCAACUAGAACGUGGCACAUUAGUAACAAAAUUUUUCCAGCGUAAAAAACCAGAGAAGAAAACUUUAAUGAUACGCCGAGAAACACGUCAAGUUAUGUGGGCAAAACCUCAAUCUCAAGCUCAACGUACUUUUGAUGGGUUCAUUGAAAUACGUGAAAUAAAAGACGUAGUCGUUGGAAAAAAUUCACGUGAGUUUGAUAAAUGGCCUGAAGAUUCUAAAAGAGUUGAGUAUUUUGGGUGCUUUAUUAUAUAUUAUGGCUCUGAAUUUCGUUUGAAGACAUUAUCAGCCUCAGCACUAAGCGAAAAAGAGUGUGAAUUAUGGGUAAAAGGCCUACGUUAUCUAGUACAAGAUACAAUAAAAGCACCAUACCCUCUGCAAGUUGAACGUUGGUUACGGAAAGAAUUUUAUUUUAUGGAAAAUACUGAUGAAACGGUAACACUUAAAGAUAUUAAAAGUUUUAUGCCACGUGCUAGUUGUAAAAUAUCAACAAAUAAACUGCGUCAAGUGUUUCAACAAGUCGAUACACGAAAUCGCACUGCAUUAGGAUUUGAUGAUUUUGUUGUUUUGUUUUAUAAGUUAUUAAUUGACUACACGACAUUUCCCGAUUGGAAAAAAUUGUUAAGUUAUUCAUCCACUGGAAAUACAUUUAGUUUACAAGAUUUUCAAAAUUUUUUAACUCACCAACAGCAUGAUCAACUAUUGGGUAAUAAUAGUCAUGAUGUAUCACAUUUUAUGACUGAUUAUUUACAAGAUCCACAGCGUCAUGUACAGGAUCCAUACUUUACAUCGUUAGAAUUUAUUAAUUUUUUAUUUUCCAAGCACAACGAUAUUUGGAAUCAUGAGUACGACAAUGUGACUCAUGAUAUGACACGACCAUUGUCACAUUAUUGGAUAGCAUCUUCACACAACACAUAUUUGAUGGGCGAUCAAAUAAGCAGUGAAAGUAGCUGUCAAGCUUAUAUAAGAGCAUUGCGAGCUGGUUGUAGAUGCAUUGAACUGGAUUGUUGGGACGGUCCUGAUGGUAUGCCAUUUAUAUUUCACGGCCAUACCUUGACAACGAAAAUUAAAUUUUUAGAUGUCAUCAAGACUAUUAAAGAACACGCUUUCGUCACAUCUGAAUAUCCAGUAAUUUUAUCAAUCGAAGACAACUGUACAUUACCACAACAACGAAGAAUGGCAGCAGCAAUGCAAGAAGUAUUUGGUGAUAUGUUAUUAACGCAACCAGUUGAAAAAAAUGAAACAUGUCUUCCAUCGCCUUAUGCAUUACGCGGUAAAAUAAUUUUAAAACACAAAAAACUACCCGACGGUGUUGACGAAUCAACAUUUAUAGCACGUAAUAGUAGUAGUAGUUUUUGUACUAACAGUAAUAAUAGUAAUAGCAAUAGUAGUAAUAACAGCAGUAGUAACAGUAACGGUGAUAGUAAUAUCAGCAGUAUUAAUAGUAAUAACAGCACUAAUCAAACAAACAUGAGUUAUGAAAUGGAUUUACGUAAUACUAUUAAAAAUGGUAUACUUUAUUUACAUGAUUCGGCUGACGAUAAAUGGUAUCCUCAUUUUUUUAUAUUAACAUCAAAGCAUCUUUUUUAUACCGAUACAUUUUCACAAACUUCAGAAGUUGAAACUGAGGAAGAAGAUGAUAUAGUCUCGUCAUUGAAUAUAAAUCGUCAAGGUUUAGAGGGUGUACCAAAUGAUGAAUUACAUUUUGGAGAAAAAUGGUUUCAUGGUAAAUUAGCACGUGGACGUGAAGAAGCUGAUGAAUUAUUACGUCGUUAUUCACGUUUAGGUGAUGGUACUUUUCUAGUACGUGAGUGUGUAACAUUUGUUGGUGAUUAUUGUUUGUCAUUUUGGCGUAAAGGUAAAGUUAAUCACUGUCGAAUUAAACUUAAACAACAAUAUGGAAAAACACAAUAUUAUUUAAUUGAUAGUGUUUGUUUUGAUAGUUUAUAUAGUUUAAUAACGCAUUAUCGUAAUAAUUCAUUGCGUAGUCAACAAUUUGUAAUAACUUUACGUGAACCAGUACCACAACCGUGUAAGCAUGAAGAAAAAGAAUGGUGGCAUCCUGAUUGCACGCGUACUCUUGCUGAAGAUAUAUUAAAACGUGUGCCAACAAAUGGUUCAUUUUUAGUACGUCCAAGUGAUAAAGAAUUAAAUACUUAUGCGAUAUCAUUUCGCGCUGAAAAUAAAAUAAAACACUGUCGUAUUAAAUUAGAAGGACGUUUGUACACUGUUGGUUCAAUACAAUUUGAAAGUUUAGUCGAAUUAGUUAAUUAUUAUCAACGUAAUCCAUUGUAUAAAAAAACACGACUCUCUAAUUCAAUUAGACGUAGCGAUGUUGAUGAAAUCCUUUCGGAAUCAGAGUAUAAUGGUGAUAAUGGAAAUAGUAAUGAGAAUAAUGGUGAUGGUAAUGGUAAUUGUCCUAUUUAUGGGAUACCUGGUUAUAUUGAUCCAGCAACAUUUAUUUCCAGAGUAACUGUAAAAGCUAUUUUUGAUUAUAAAGCAAGCCGUGAUGAUGAAUUAACAUUUGUUAAGCAUGCUAUUAUCACUAAUGUACAUAAACAAGAUGGUGGUUGGUGGCGUGGUGAUUAUGGUGGAAAAAAACAGCAUUGGUUUCCUGAAAAUUAUGUUGAAGAAAUAGAAACUAAAGAUAGAAAUAAUUUUAAUAGUAGCGGCAGUUGUAGUAAUAAUAAUAUUGAUAUAACAAUCCAAUCUGAUCCAAUGCUUGGUAAUUUACAAAAAGGAUCAUUUGAUAUUACUGGCGUUGUUGUUAAAGUUGAAACAGCUAUUCCUGAUAGAGAGGGAAUGGUAUGGCAUCCUAUUACAAUUAAAAAUCAAAAUUUGUGCACUGUGUUUCAAGCUGCCACUCAAUCUGAAGAAACGGCAGAAGAGUGGAUGAAAAUUAUCAAUGAAACAGCUCAGCAUGCUAAUUUGAGGGAAAAUCAAAGCAAAGAAAUAGAACGAGCGUGGAGAAUUGCUAAAGAAAUGUCUAAUCUUAUUAUUUAUUUUCGAUCUGUACCCUUUGAUAUUGAUCGUAUAAACAAAAAAAAUUUUGUUUAUAAUGAAAUGAGUAGUUUUCCGGAAACGAAAGCUGAAAAAUUAAUUUGCCAAACGGAGCAUAAAUAUUUUGUUAAAUAUCAUCAAGUACAAUUUAGUCGGGUUUAUCCAAAAGGCCAACGUAUUGAUUCAUCAAAUUAUAAUCCGAUACCAUUGUGGAAUGCUGGGUGUCAAAUGGUAGCUCUUAAUUAUCAAACAGGUGAUAAAUCAAUGCAAUUGAAUCAAGCUAAAUUCCGUGAAAAUGGUUUUACUGGGUAUAUUCUUAAACCUGAUUUUAUGUUUAAUGACAAUUAUAGUGCUUAUGAUAAAAAAAUAUUUAAAGAUAUUGACGGUAUGAGAAUAAAAUUAGUUGUAAUUGGAGCUAGACAUUUACACAAAGCUGGUAAAAGUAAUAUUGCUAGUCCAUAUGUUGAAGUUGAAAUAAUAGGCGCUGAUUAUGAUAAUGGUAAUAAAUUAACAACUAAAACUAUUUCUGACAAUGGAUUUAAUCCAAUAUGGAAUGAAUCUUGUGAAUUUAAUAUUGUUAAUGUUAAUUUUGCGUUUAUUAGAUUUUUAGUCCAAGAUGAAGAUGUUUUUGGCGAUUGUAAUUUUAUUGGACAAGCUACUUAUCCAGUUAAAUGCUUAAGAACUGGUUAUCGUAGUGUUCCAUUAAAAAAUCAGUACAGUGAAGAUCUUGAAUUAGCUUCAUUGUUAGUACAUAUUACUAUUACUAAAUUAGUUAAUAAUUAAAUUUAUUCUAUUGUAUGUAUAAUCAUAUUCUAUUUUGUAAUCAUACUUUUUUUAUAUACUAGUUGAAUAAUUAUUAA